UUAUGGAAGCACGCUUUAAGCAGAGUUACAUUUUUCAUUUAAUUAUUAUAAAUUGUAUGUUAUCCGCAAAACAAAGAAAUUAAAAGUGUAUGAAAAACUGUAAUAUAAAAAUUAGAUAAAUAUAUGUAACAUGAGUAGAAGAAGUUCUUUAGGUGGAAGAUUAAGUUUGAGUUCUCCAAACUUAUCAAGCCCAAUAGCUGAAUCGACCCAUAUUGUAGACUUUCAACAAAAAUUUCCAUGGGGUGGAAUUCAUUCACCACUAAAAGUCGAAAAUUCUCAAAAUUAUUCCAAAAAUACAAGCGUGCCAUUAAAAAAAUCUGGUUACAACAGUGGACUACAGAAAUUAGAUCCUAGAAUAUAUACUGAUGUUCAAAGUCAAGGGUUAACAUCGCGGAUAGUUAAAUAUUACGAGAACAGCAGAAAAUUACACAAAAGUUUGUCGAUAAAUAACUUGUAUAAGCCAGGACAGUUUCCCGUCGUUCACCUAAAAAAAAAUGAAAUACCAUACAAACACAGUCGAAAUAAAAAUAGUAUCUCUGUAGUUCGUAUAGCUCCACCAGAUAAAUCCGUAUUUCAAGCUAAUUCAAGAUCUAGUAUAUUACGAACAGGAUCAAUUGUUCCUACUGUCAGUUUAGGACUAAAGCAAGCAAAUAAUGAUAUUGCGCGAGAAAAUCGACCAAUUUUACAUCCCGUUGCAGAUUCUGAAACAGCACCAACAAGAAGUGUUCUUGAAGCGCUUAAAGAAAUUUCACGAAAAAGAAUAAACAGCGACGAGCUUGAUUCUAAUGACAGCAUUAAGAAAUAUUGUAAGGAAUCGAGCUAUGAUUUGCCAUCAAACUUGACUGGAUCAUUAUCUCACCAAAACUCUAACCUUGCUGUUCAAACAAAAAAUUGUAUAAAAAGAAAUAGAGAAUUAACAUCUCCAUCAGUAUCACCCACUGCUAAAAUCCCUAAUAAUGGUCAAAGCAGUAACUCAAAUUUAAUAAGACACCGGAAAACUAAUAAUGAAUUUACCAGUUCGCUAAGUUCAAGUUUAUCGUUAUUAUCGCCAAAACGAAAAUUAUAUGAACAACUAUCAUCAAAUGUUAUAUCAAAAUCAGGGGAAACACCACAUCACUUUGGACAACCAAAGCAAAAGCAAACUUGUAAACAAAAUGUUGAAUCUGAAAAGAAUUGCGAAACCAUAGACCAUUUUAAAGGCUCAGUACUUUCAUCUAAUACCUCUAGGUUAAUGGAGCGUUUUCCUGAAAAAAUCGCAGAACCUUGUAGGACAAGGUCGGAACCUGUUAUUAAAGCUGAUUCAACUUUUACUGAAUCGAGUAAUUGUAAGCCCAAAUUAACACUUUUCAACAAAAAAUAUGAAAUUUCGGACAAUUAUAACGCUAAAAAAGUUAUAAAUAAAAAUGAUGAUGAAAAUGAAGUACCAAAAAUAUCGUUUGUGAAACCAAAAAAUUUAACUUCUAUCGGAAUUAAUCUUGCCAAAAAUGCUGUAAUGGAAAAAACACAAAAAACGAAACUAGCCCUCAUGCUAAGUGGGUUGCGUGGAGAUUUAAACGAAGAUCAAGAUGAGGUUGACAAUGAUUUGCUUCCUGAGAAAAGCAAAAUUGAAGACAGUAAAAAUGUAAAUGUUCAAAAUGGGGAUGUAGAAGGCAGUGAAAAAUCUAUGACUGUGACGAAAGAUAAAAAUGUUAAAUCAGAUUUCUCCAUUUUAAAGGACGUUAGCAAAUCCGGAACAGCAAAAAAAUUAGGUGGUUUUAAAUCUUUGGAUUCUAACAAAACUAUCAGUACUAUUUCUUUUGAUUUAAAAAAUUCUUCAAAUAACCUUAGUGAUUCCAAAAAUUUCGAAUUUGGUAAAAAGACAAACGAAACCUCAACCGAACCAAGUUCCCAAAGUUCGUUGAUAUUAAAUUUGAAACCAAUGUCAAAUGGAGUUUCGAGUACAAAAAGCAAUAAUGAAGAAUUUUCGAAAAUUGUGGUGGAAACUAAAAAUAAUGAAAAGGGAACUACACCUAUUGCUGGGACUUCUAUAUUAUCUGUAAUUAAUAAAAAUGAUAAAACUUCACAGAUUUCUAACGUAAAUUCAAUGUCGCAACAGUCAAAACCAAAUUUAGCUGAAACAAAUCAUGCUGCUGCAAUUACUCUGAAGCCAGAAACAACUAAAAGCAGUUCUUUAGUUUCUGGCGCAAUUUUAUUUGGAUCUGCUGAUCACAUUAACUCAAACAAAUUUUCUGUCGAUCGAACUGAAGAUUCAAAUUCUCAAUCAAAGGGGGGAUUUGCUUUCAAAAAUGAUAUAACACCUAUAACAAGUACCUCAAAUAUGUUUCAGUUACCAAAAAUAAGCGAAAAUCCUAAGACAAACACUUUGACAGCACCAACAUCAAACAUGAACAAUGAAAAUUUACAAUCUAAUCAUCAACUAACCACAACAUUUUCUUUCGGAAAUAACCUAUCUAAUAAAUCGAAUGAAAGUUCUAAUGUAUUCACUACCUCUCAACGAAAUGAUCAAACGACUCCAAAUUUUUCCUUUACAUCAACAACAAAACAAGCUACACCUGCGUUUGAUAUUGGUAAUGCCAAUCCCCAAAGUAAUUUAUUUCAAUUUGGAAAUGUUAACACAUCACAAAAAGUUUUGCCUCUGAAAAGUGUGGAUUCUUCAAAUGAUAAAACAAACACUGUUUUUGGUUCUAAUACAUUUAAUUCAGCAUCAUCAAAUAUUAAAAAUUUAUUUGGAAAUCUUUCAAGUUCCUCAAUUAAUGUGUUUGAUAAUAACGUUGUAAAACAACAAGACAACCAAAUACCGGUGCAAGAAAAUAAAAUGCCAAUAUUUGGUACAACAAAUGAUACUUCAUUGCAAAAAUCAGUAACAACGUUUAAUUUUAAUAAUAAUAAUAAUAAUAGUAAUAAUAAUAAUAAUAAUAAUGUCACAAAUCCAUCAAACGCAAAUUCAAGUGCACCUUCAGGAGUUUUUUCAUUCGGUUCUUCAUCAAAUGUUCUUUCAGUAAACAGCAAUCCAGCCCCAAAUUUCACUUUUGGAGAAAAUAAAAAUACAAGCACAUUUGGUAAAGUCAAGGAGGAGGAAAAAUCACAUACGUUUACAACAAAUUCAAUCAAUCCCCAAUCAAACAUUUUUGGUAGUAAUAGUUUUGGGAAUAAUAUGAGUACAUUUUCAAACAAUGAUAAAAUUGCGUCUAAUACGUUCGGAAACAGUGUAACAAAUUCAUUUAAUAAUCAAUCUAGUAAUUUAAGUUCUUUCAACAAUCCUGCAAAACCAAGUGAUGGAAAAUUUUCCUUUAAUCAAUUUUCAAAUAAUUCGAAUGCCAGCCUAAACAAUUUCAGUAACAAUUAUACAUGUAAUAAUAAUAAUAGCUAUAACAAUACAAAUAAAAAUAUUCCUGACAAUAGCUCUAACAACAAUAAUGUCAUUGGUAACAAUAACAAUAGUCUGCAAAACAGUAAUAAAUUAAUUAAUAAUACAAAUAAUAACAACAACGUUAACAACAGCAAUAGUUCCGGCAAUUCAGCUUUUUCCUUUAGCGGAUUAAGUAAUACUGGAGGGAACGUAUUCUCAUUCGGAGGAGGCAAUGUUAUGACAGGAACAGAUUCAAGCAAAUCUGCUUUUAACUUUUCUGGAAACACUAACAAUGGCAGUAAUAUAUUUGGAGCAAAUAAUUCGACUAAUAGUUUUAAUACGGCACCGAUUCCCGAGAGACACAUCCGCAAAGCAACGAGACGUUUGAAUAAAUAAUUUAUUUUUAUAUUUACUUUUAAAUGAUAUUGUCUAAAUUGUCAGUAAAAAAUUGGAAUUAUUUAAGAAA